CCUAACAAUCUACUAUAGUCUACAAAUACUCUAAUGAGAGUUAGUUGCAAAGUUACUUAAGAUAGUAGAAUGUCUAAAGUGGGCCGUCAAACAUCAACAUCAUUGUAUAAAAUGUCCCUUACCACAUACAUCAGUGGUUUGAAAUUAAAUGUACCAGUUAAGGUCUUUAAACUCCAUAAUUCAAAUUAAAAAAUUUGACAUUUCCUUUUGUGUAACGUAUUUUGUAAUUUUAUUUUGAAUAAUAUUAAUUAAUCAAUUAUUAAAUGUAUUAAAUUGCUACAUGUAGUGCUAUCUGAAGAUGCAACAAAAAUAAAUGUAAGGUUUCACAUAUUUUUCAGUAGUUAUUGUUGCUUAAAUAAAACCAAAUAUUUUCUGAAAAAGUGUUUGUGCACUGCAAUGUUUACCUCUGAGUAUUGGCCCUUGUGGAACCAAGGGUACCUUCCUCCUUUGUCACUUAUGAGUGUAUAAAGCUAGGACCCUACCCUGAACAGGAACUCUAUACCAGCCCAGCCUCUGAGAUGAGAGGAGCCACUGUGGUUCUACUUGCUCUUCUGACUAGAGCACUGAACCCUUGCUGUACAUCACUUAGCCUAGGAGAUGAUGAGAGACAAAAUGAUAAAAGUGAACAUUCAGAGGACAGAGCUGUCAAAGUUAACAGAGCCUUGACAUUUAAUACAAGACAUGUACCAAUAACAUGUGAAGGCUGCCUUGUAGAGAAAUAUCAGUCUACACACUUGUUGAACUUUUCUGUGGAAAAACCUGAGGCGUUCACAGUGCAGAUUAUUAUUUCAAGACGCCCGAUACUCUGCCUUUGUGAAAUCCUGAAUAAGCAGAUCCUGGGUGAGCAGUGCAGACUUGAGCCCAAACAGAUCAACCUGGGCUUACAUAAGGCUUUCAAUCCAUCUUCAAGCACGUGUUUAAACUACAGCCAUGUGUAUAUCCUGGUUUUACAUUCUAUGAACAGUUUUUAUCUGAAAAAUGGCAAUGCCUGGACAAUUGCUCUUCAAAUAAUGUGUGAACUGAAUGUCAAAAAUCACACAAGAGAAAUGAACUGUGUGUGCUUCAAAGUUCACAUUUUUAUGGCUGCAGAGGACCAGGUGGAUAUAACAGAUAAACUGUGCAUUAUAACUGGGGCCUGGUUUAUGUCAGCUAACUUCAAUGAAUCGAAUGAAUCCCAUGUGCCGAGGCUCAGUAUGUUCUUUCCUGAUGUGAAACUCUCAGAGCCAGCAGUGAAAGCUCUCAUUGGUGCCUUUCUGAGGCAGACAAAUCACUGGACCAUGCCUGCCUUGAUCUGUGUGCGUACUAUAAUGCAUUGCGAGCUUGUAGUGUCAUUCCACAGAUCUUUGAACAUGAUCUCCAUCAUGAGAGGAAAUUGUGAAAGCUGCACUUACAAUCAUUGUGCUGAGCUAUACCAGUUCAUUUGGAGAUGUAUAAUGGAGAAACAGGGGGAGUUUAACCAAGUGGUUAAAAGCUGUUUCAGAUCAAAUUUGCUCACCUGCACAGACAUGUGGAAGCAUAAAGGUGAACUCCAAUUGUGUCUUUUUGCUUUGUGUAUGAGCUGUUACUUUGUUUAGAGAGCACAUAUUUAAUCUGGUAUAGCAUUAUAACCAACUUGAUGUGCUUUUUUUAUUGCAUUUGUACUUGUAGAAAUCAGCCCACUACAAUGGCAGAUCUGCACUCAACUGCUCAGCAGAGGCUUGUUUCACCAGUGGAUUGUGAGAGUUCUGCUAAUCACAGUUUCUCUGUUUUUAAUUGGUCAGACUGCAGUUGUGACAUAUAUGAGCUAUACACAAAGAUAUGUUUUUACCCACAGAGUCAGGAACUCAAAUCUAAAUUUUGUGCUGCUUUUCACAAUCUCAUGGUGCUCUUUGAGUCCACUUAAUGGGCAAUUAACUCUUUGUUCCUGCAAACUUCACCACACAGCAUUUGGGGUCACGUUUGUCCUCUGUAUCUCCUGUGCUCUGGGGAAAACAAUAGUGGUGUUAAUGGCCUUCAAGGCUACAAUUCCAGGCAGUAAUGUUAUGAAAUGGUUUGGGCGAUUGCCACAUAGACUCAGUGUUCCUGCAUUUACUAUGACACAGAUCCUUGUCUUUGUGUUUUGGUUUUCAAUACAUUUAUAUUUAUUUAACCUGAGUAUGAACUGUUACCAAGAAAAGAUUAUCCUAGAAUGUGAUGUACCCUCUGCAGUUGGUUUCUGUCUUAGUUUUUAUCACUUGGUGCUCAGCUUUAUUCUGACUUUUCUUGUAUGUAACCUGCCAUUUACUAUUGUCUGUUACUCAGUGUUGAACAUCCAUGCUGUUAUGGGUUUGACAACAAGAAUAUCGCUCAGAGCAUUAUUAAGGUAAAGCUGGCCUGUUUGAAGGUUGAAUGCAAAUACAAAUGUAUAUGAAGACAAAAGUUUAUACUUACAUGAAAAUAAAAAUGAACAAUUGCUCAUUUCUGAGAUUUAAAUGUUUAAAUUUGUGUGUCAAAGUCAAGUGCAAUUGUUCAAAGAAGCCAUUCUAAACUGAUGUCAUGCUUUUCAUUGGAGUGUUAUUAAAAAUGAAGGAAUAUUUGUACAUUGCCAUGCAUUUUGGAACUACACAGGUGAAAAAAAAAAGUUUUGCAUUUUACAAACUUGGACCCAAGGUGUAUAUGACAUAUUAUUUACUGUAAGUUAAUAUUAACAACUGUAAUAUGUUUCUUGUACUAUUCAAUACACAGUUUUAUAAGGGAAUAACAUAAGUCAGACAAUAAAGACAAUCCAAUUCAUCAAAUGAAUAAAAAAAUAAUAUAGAACAGUGGUCUUCAACCCUGCUACUUGAGACCCAAAGUGUAUUUCCAACCUGCUUCAAUACACCUGCCUGUGUAUUUUCAAGCGAUCCUGAAGAGCUUGAUAGACCCUUUUCACAUUUCCAGGGUUCUCAGAAACGUAACUCAUUAAAGUUGGGUAAACUUCUAUAGCGAUGUAAGGGAGAAAAAAGUAAAUAUAAUUUUUGUAUUUCCAUUUACUCCAAUAGCAAAAUCAUUUUUAUAUUUUCCGAUUUUCUGUCACUCCCUCAGCUGUUGUAUUAAAAACACGUUUUGCUGUUGUUGUUGUUGUUUUAUAUAUAUAUAUAUAUAUAUAUAAUUAAUUAAUUUUAUAAUGGAGAAUGUGGCGAUGCCAAUUAUUACAUGAUGGGGUGAUUUAAUAUGUUAUUAAAAUAAUAAUAAUAAUAAUUAAAAUAAUAAUAAUUAUCUAUCCAUUCCCAAAAUGAGGAUACUGA